GCCAAAAAGGAUUAACUGUUAUUCAGUUUGUCAUAUCCAUAUCUAUGUAAAACUUACUUCAUCUUGGCAUUAACAUGUAGUCUGUAGAAAUUGCAAUGUAAAUGUUACUGAUAAACAUGGUACAUUUUCUACAAGCGGUUUUGAUUUUCAUGGGUUUCACUGUUAAGGUUCAGUCAUAUCCCGAGGGUUUCACAAUAGCUAAAGCAGGUACGGAAGUCACAACUGUUAAAAGCAAAUCGAAAUUCAAUUAUCAGACAGAAGAAGGAGAAUUUCCGGGGAUAAUUUCUUUUCGCUAUAGAGGACGAAUGGUACAUGAGUGCACGGGCGCAUUAGUUAGCAUGAGAUUUGCACUGAGUGCAGCACAUUGUUUUGAUAUAUUUUCCGUACUAACUAUGGUAGCAGUGUCCAGAGAUUUCCAAGAAAAGUCUUUAGCGAGAGUGUAUACUCAUCCGAAUUUUGAAUUCAUCAGACGGAGGUACGAUGUAGCUAUUAUAGAAACGGUGAUCCCAUUUGUUUACUCAAAGGAUGUAGAACCUGUUCCCAUAGCCCUUCAUUAUCCUGAAAGUGGAUCGAAAAUGCUUACAGUAGGAUGGAAAUGUCGUGUUGACGGAAAAGUGCGGGUAAUGAAAGAUCAAAUGGCAACAACCGUGCAACUUGUCAAAUGUGUGCGACAAAACUUUUGGGAAAAGAUUUGCGCUGAAGAUCCCGAAAACAGACGGGAUAAUUGCCAAAAUGAUGACGGAUCUCCUCUUUUAACUGACUACGGUCAUAUAGUUGCUAUAUAUUCAGAAAAUGCUUAUACAUCUGUCGGGCACCCGAAGGAACCAUUGUAUCGGGGUUUUUAUACAAAUUUGAAAUUCUGUACAAUACAGAGGUGGAUGCGACAUAUCUUACCAGAAAAUAUACCAAUCUUAGGCUCUCGAGGGUGUUGGAAAAAGUUUAAAAAAGUGGAACGAAUGUGGCUGUAUUUAAUAUUAUUAGCGUCAGUCAAAUUGAAACAAAAUGGCAUUAUUAUUUGAAAAUAGGAGAAAACAGGCUCUAUGAAACAGAGUUAAUUUAACGUUGCUAUAAUAUUUAUUUGUGUUAGUUAUUGAGAGUAUCUUUACAGAAAAUAUACAUUUAGUUGAGGAAGGAUGA